AUGGACUCUCCAUACACCGGAUCCACGUCGAGUCUUCAUAAAGAGAGCCGUUCGAGGGUCAACUCGAACAUGAGUAGUGGUACUGGAUACCCAAGCUCGAUUUCCGACAAGUAUUCUCUUUCACCUUCACCUGCUUCAUGGGGUACACCUCUGUUGAUGAGCGUGCCGGAACCCGACGACUACCUCCACAACCCGGACCCGCGUAGAGAUAGGAAAAUCGACAGAGGCGGCUCCGUAUUCUCCUCAAGAGGUAUCGCCAACCUUGGGUUCCCCUCGCAGACUACACAAGGCGGCUUCAACCUCGGGGGUAUCAAUGCCUCCGGGCAGAUCCCCGAAAUGCCAGGGAACUGGGGUCUGAUUGAUCGCGACACACCGAAGGAGGCGUACGUGAAGAAAUCGUAUACGGGCGAGGUCGAGAUGGAGUUGGUCUUCAGUGAUGAGUUCAACACCGACGGACGUACGUUCUAUCCGGGCGAUGAUCCGUAUUGGGAAGCUGUGGACCUACAUUACUGGGGAACGAACGACUUGGAAUGGUAUGACCCAUCGCAGGCGACGACAGGCGAAGGCCAUCUUCGGUUAACGUUGGACAAGGUUGAGAACCCUGCGAAUAAUCACGAUUUGAAUUAUCGUUCUGGCAUGAUUCAAACAUGGAACAAGUUCUGUUUUACUGGUGGACUUAUUGAGGCUUCCGUACGCUUGCCUGGUGCCAACAAUGUUGCCGGUCUAUGGCCCGCUGUCUGGACAAUGGGGAAUUUAGGCCGUGCUGGAUUUGGUGCAAGUCUGGAAGGAAUGUGGCCCUACACCUACGACUCUUGCGACGUUGGUACCCUCCCAAAUCAAACGUACCCAGGCACACGUCUUCCCCUCGCAGCUCACCAAGGUGGCGACCCGACUGCCAAUAACGAGCUAUCUUUCCUUCCUGGACAACGGUUGUCCGCAUGCACAUGCCCAGGAGAAGCCCACCCCGGCCCCGUACGUGCCAACGGCGAUUACGUAGGCAGAGGUGCCCCGGAGAUCGAUAUCUUCGAGGCUACUAUCGAGAGAGGUGUUGGCAAGGUCUCUAUGUCGUCCCAGUGGGCUCCAUUCAACGCGGAGUAUACCUGGAAAAACACGACUGACAAUAUCAUCUUCCACGAUGGAGAUCGUACGCAUCUCAAUGAAUAUAAAGGCGGUGCAUUCCAACAGUGUACUAGUGGCCUCUCUAUUACCAACCAAGAUUGUUACGAACUGGAAGGUGGUUGCUUCUCCACCUAUGGUUUCGAAUAUACACCUGGGUUCGAUGAUGCGUACAUCACAUGGAUAAACGACGGUACUCCUUCCUGGACAAUCGUUGGCCGCGGUAUGGGAUUGGACACCCUGGCUGAGAUUGGUCCCCGUCCUAUUCCCCAGGAACCCAUGUAUAUCAUUGCCAAUCUGGGCUUCUCGUUGAACUUCGGACCUAUCAACUUCGAGCAAGUGACGUUCCCCACCACGAUGGCAAUCGACUGGAUCCGUGUCUAUCAGCCUGUGGGCAAGAAGAACUUUGGAUGUGACCCAGCAGAUUUUCCCACAGCUUCGUACAUCAAUGCUUACCCCGAGGCUUAUGCCAACGCCAAUCUCACCCUUUGGAGCCAGUACGGCCAACCGGUCCCCAAGAACCGUCUCAACGGAGGAUGCUCGUAG